AUGGAAGGCCGCGGGGAUAUGGUUUCUGCGAAUAUCAUGACUGCAGCAAGCGCUGUGCGAAAUUUAAAUAAUGUAGAAGUUGGAGGUCGACAAUUGAGAGUUGAUUAUGCUGAUGGUGAUCCGGCAAGUAAUCCUACUGUAGCUCCACAACCAGAAAGGUCGGCCGUGGAAAGACCCUUGCCACCACUCGUUCAACCUCAGCAAACUGUCGCACCACAACCUACUUCGCAACAACAACAAUCCGCAAUAGAAAGUAUUUCACAAACGGUCCAACAUUCCAUGACGCAGGCUCAACUUCUUGAUAUCUUGUCCACGAUGAAGCGAGUUUUACUUCAAACACAAGUUCAACCUGCUCCUGUGCAAAAUCAGCCACCAAUGGUUCCUGGUACAAAUUUUGUAACGCCUAAUGUACCUAUUCCGACCACAGUGCCUCCACAAAUUCAACAAGCCAUCUACUCAUCAAUUCCUCAACAACCUCAACCAAUGAUUCAACAGCCUAUUCAACAGCCUGUACAACAGCCUAUCCAACAACCCAUGCAACAGCCAAUGCAACAACCCAUGCAACAGCCCAUGGGCAUGCCGGUACCAGUAAUGAAUACCGGAAUGAUUUCGGUUAUGGGAAAUGUGGGUGUGAAUCCUCCUGCCUCUGUUGUCUCAGGUUUGGGUUCGGGGAAUGUCGGCAUGAGCGAUUUACAAAUGCAAGAAGCGCAAAAAUCG